AUGUUACCUGGAAAACGUACUGGAGCCGCGAAAGGCUCUCGACACAACAAAAAGUACUGGAGAAAGGGAACAAACAUCGAGGACAUCGAAGAUGCCAUACGUAAGUAAAUUUUUAUUCCUUUCUAGCGGAAACUCUGUAUCAAAGCAAGUACCAAAGCACUUGUAUCGUGAAAAAACCUUUAAACAUUCCAGAAAUACUAUUUAUUCUGUUAAAAAUAAUAAUAAUUUUCGCUGUUUUCAGACAGCACUGCCCGACAAAAGGAGACUGGAGGAGUUAUCUCUGAAAUGAAAGAUGAAGAUGUAUUCGUCAUCGAUCGAACGGCGACGGAGCAUAAGACGGAGCAGCCAAAACUGACGAAAAAGCAGCAGGCGGCUCUCGACAAGAUUACAAAGAACAUCACUGUGGAGAAGACAUCGCUGCCUGCCGCGAAGGGUCCGCUCAAAAAGCCGGCCAAGUUGCCACGUGGAAAUGCAAUUCUGAAGUUGAAAGCGGGCGGUGUCACCAAGAAAGUUGUCAAAAAAGGAGAAAAGUUUGAUGUCUGGGAGAAGGAUCUGACUCCGAAAGUCGAUCUGAAGGUGGAAGCCGCUGCAGAGCAUUACCUGAAGGUAAUACAAUUUUUUAAUUAAAAAAAAUCCAAUUUAUCUGCAGAUUGUCAAAAAAAAGCAGCCGAAGGCGCCGGGCAAGUCUAUCACCACUCUUUUGCCGGCUGUUGAGGUGGCCAAAGAUGGCGCUUCGUACAAUCCGGACGCCGACGAAUACAUGAAUUAUGUGAGCGGAAUUGCGGCCGACGAGCAGAUGCUUAUCGAUCGAGAGGCAAAAAUCAAGAGAGGAAUCGAGCCACAAUGGGAGAAGAAGACGACGGAACACGAGCGAUUCUUGGAGGCGGCUGAAGGAUUGAAAAUCCAUCCGAAAUAUGGAAAAGAUGACGAAGAGGAAGAGGAGAAGACGGAGGAGAAAGAGGAUGGAGGCACUUCUGGGCCAGUCGCUUGCGAAAGACUGACGAAGGAGCAAAAGAAGAAAAAGGCUAAGGCCGCAGGACUGGAGAAGGAGGAGAAGAGACGUCUGGAGGAGAAAGCCAGAGAGCAGGACUCGCACAAUGUCUACCGGUUAGAUUUUCUCUGUUCCAUUCAAAAUGUAGUUCAGCAAUUUGCUUGUACUCGUUUUCUGGGCUAAGUGUUACGAUUUUUUAAAGAGUUUGAAUUAUAGCACAAAACAAAUCCACCGUGAGCUCGACGAAGAGGAGAAGCAAAUUCACGAAGAGGCGGAGACUCGCAAACGCACAAAGCUUGUAAAGAAGCUCACGAAGAGACAAAAGCUCGGACGUGGUAAAUUCGAGGACGCCGAGGAUCCGUUCCUGCUGCAGGAAGAGCUGACCGGAAAUCUGCGACAGAUCAAACCGCAAGGACACGUCCUCGACGAUCGAAUGAAGAGCUUGCAGAGAAGAAAUAUGCUGCCGAUCGGAGGAGACAAGGAGAAGAAGCUGAAAAGAAGUCUCAAGAGAAAGAUUGUCGAGAAGAGAUCGGUGAAGGCGGUGGUGAAGGGCAGCCGAGUCAUUUAA